UAAAUAAACUCGCCAGUGGCCCAUCUACCCUUCAAGACUGUUUACUAUGAUCAACUUGUGUCUAAAGGAAGUAUUCGCCUGCUUCCUGCUUUCUUUUCUCUAUGUCGGAAGCCUAUAUGUAUGGAAUGCAACUCAGGGAAGGUUUCCUCCUGAUGACUGCAUGAGUAUUGCCUGGAUGCAACCAACAAUGCAGGUUUCAGGAGUACCUGGAUGUAACCAACUAUGAGGCCCUGAACACCAUGGGAUCCGGUUCGUCUAAUUACGCAAAGCUACUCAAAGCUACCCAAAACUUCCUAGUAUACAGACCAUCCAACAACAAUCAAAAAGCGAUGCAUCAGUGUCUUCUUCAUGACUAUUGUAUCUCCAAUUUUUGUCAUAUGGUUUGGCAAUAAAAACUCGGAAGAGGUAACACUGUGGUCACAGAUGGGCCUGAGAUGGGAGGGCUUGAUUCCUGCUUUAGUAUUGCCGAUGAUCCUCACAUUCGUACUAUUUCUGGGACCCCUCGUCCAGUCCCAUUUCUCUGUGCCUGUCACUCACACCCUUCGCAUGUACUUCGAUCCUCUGUAUUGGUAUAAUACAGUACAAAAUCCAAUCUGGUGGCGUAAUCAGGUAGUUGCCCCUUUUUCUGAGGAAUUUACCUUCCGUGCCUGCAUGCUUCCAAUUCUUUUGCAGUGUGUGUCUCCAGGAAAAACCAUCUUUAUUGCUCCACUUUUCUUUGGUGUUGCUCAUCUUCAUCAUGCAGUUGAUCGUCUUCGAGUGGGAAUUGAUCUUCCUACUGUGUUUCUCAUAUCCAGUUUCCAGUUCCUGUAUACAUCAGUAUUUGGUUUUUAUUCUGCAUUUCUCUUUAUAAGAACAGGUCAUUUUUUGCCAUUGUUUGCAGUCCAUGCUUUCUGCAAUCAUAUGGGUUUGCCAGAAUUAAAGGAAAUGUUAAAGGCACCAAAUCCAUUAUGUAUUAAACUAAUGACUUGUCAUGUUGUAGGUCUCAUAGCAUGGUACUUUUUACUGUAUCCUCUUACUGACCCUUCUUUUUAUGGAAAUACUCAACAAACUUUGUGAAGAAGUGUUAUGGUCCAUAUUAUAUAAGAUAAUUUCUUCAGGUGCAAUGCUCAACAGCUAUUUUUUAAAGUUUUAUCCAUGCUAAUAAUUUAAAAUAGUUGUAAUUUUGUGUAUACAAAUGAUAGUUACAUGUAAAUGGUCGACCUUAUACUGUGUUAUUAUAUUUCUUAAGAUUUUAUGCUGACUUGUAUAGUUGAGUGUAAUAAAACUUCCAACUCUAUACAUUGAGAGUUGCUUGCUGUUGAUUAUACAAUAAAAUAACUAAUUUAUAUACUCGGAAUUAUAUUAAUAUUUAAUACUGAACUGUAUGCUGUGAUCUUUAUAUUGAAAAUUGUCUAUCUUGGUAUUCCAAAUUCUUAUUAUAAUAAGAUACGUAAUUGAUCUGAAAUUUUAGGAUACAUCAUAUAUAAUAUCAUGGAUUUGUAUACCUAAAAUGAAUUUUUUUGUAGUGCAGCAGAAUAUUGUAUAAAUAGCAUUGCAUAGUACUGUAUAUGAUGACAAAGAAUUAAUAAUUAAUUUCAUAAAUUCUCACAACUGUGUAAUACAGUACAUUAUUAUAACCCAA